UUUCAGGCUACAGUUGCUGCAUUUGCUGCUAGCGAAGGCCAUUCUCACCCUCGUGUUGUGGAGCUGCCAAAAACUGAUGAAGGACUUGGUUUCAAUGUCAUGGGGGGAAAGGAACAGAAUUCCCCAAUUUACAUCUCUCGCAUCAUUCCAGGAGGGGUAGCAGAGCGACAUGGAGGACUGAAGAGGGGAGAUCAGCUGCUUUCUGUGAAUGGAGUGAGCGUGGAAGGAGAACAUCACGAGAAGGCAGUGGAGUUGCUGAAGGCUGCAAAAGACAGUGUUAAACUGGUAGUGCGAUACACACCCAAGGUGUUGGAUGAGAUGGAAGCUCGUUUUGAGAAGCUGAGGACUGCCAGGCGCAGGCAGCAACAACAACAGAUAUUAAUUCAACAGCAGCAACAACAACAGCAACAACAGACACAGCAAAAUCAUAUGUCGUAG